AUAAACUGAGUUUUUCUCAAACUCUCACACACUCUCACACCAAUAGAGAGAAACAGAGAGAGAGAGAAUUAAGGAGCAAGAGUAGUAACUUUUCUUGGCAUAGAGAGAAAGAGAAAGAGAAAGAGAGAGAUGGAGAAAGGAGACAAAAGGGUUCAGCUUUUUGAGGGUGAAAGUGAGAUCUUUUAAACGCACAUCCAUUUAGCAAAGAGGGCAUAGUCUUAAACCACAAAGUGUGAAAAGAGAGAGAGAAACACAAGAAAAAAAAAAGACUUAAUGUGCACGCCAUUGUGGUGAGAAAGGAAGAUAGAGAGAAGAAAAUGAAGUUGCAAAGCUAACAACAACACAACCUCUCCAAAUUAGGGCUUUUAUUCUUUGCAAUCAUAUCUCUCUCACUCUUUCACUUCACUCACUCUCCAAACUCACACAGUGUUUGCAGUGUUUGAGACAUGUUGGACUACGAAUGGGGAAACCCGUCUUCAAUAAUGCUAACAGGAAACGAGGAGACCGCAGCCGGAGCUUCCGACCAGACCCACCGUCAAAUCUUCGACCACUACGCCUCGCACUCGCUCAUCCCCGACCACUUUCUGCACGCGCCAACUCACUCCGCCGUCACCACUGCCGCGGCACCCACCGUCGACUUCACCAACCACCACCACCACUUCAACCCGCAGCCGCACCACCACCACGUCAACAGCCACCACCACCACCCGUUCUUCGACCCACGCGCCUUCCACGGCGCGUCCUCCGCCUCCUACCCCCCACCCCCUUCCAUGCUCUCCCUUGACCCGCUUCCCCACGUCAACGCCACCAACUGCGGCCCCGGGCCCGGACCCGGCCCGGGCGGACUCCUCCUCGUUCCCAAGUCCGAGGACGUCGGUCGGCCCAUGGACUUUGUCGGCUCACGAAUUGGCCUAAAUCUCGGUGGGCGGACGUAUUUCUCCUCCUCCGAGGACGAUUUCGUGAGCCGUCUGUACCGUCGGUCUCGGCCGGCGGAAUCCGGUUCGGCGGCUUCCUCCAACUCCCCGCGCUGCCAGGCCGAGGGAUGCAAUGCUGAUCUGUCUCAGGCGAAGCACUACCACCGACGCCACAAGGUGUGCGAGUUCCACUCCAAAGCCGCCACCGUCAUCGCAGCCGGGUUGACUCAGCGAUUCUGCCAGCAAUGCAGCAGGUUGUGGUGGCGCCUGUCUCUUCCCCACCGUCGGAAAAUAAACAUCAAUCAUUGAUUGAGUUUGCCUCUCCCAAGGGCACUUGCGUCUUUUCGCUACCCCUUG